GCAUGUGCAGCGUGAAGGUCUUCUGGACAGUUAAAAGUACCCUGUUGUUCAUCAGUCCCACAGAAAGAAGCCAGUCUUGGUGUAGAAAUCGUACCAGCUAAAUUCUAGUCAUGAGGUCUGUUCUGUAUUUGGUCUCAUUUUGGAUCUCUUCAUGGAGCACACAGGCUCAGGACCUCAUGUCACCGACUGUGGACAUUCUGACGGAGCUGGGGAAACUCAGGACCAUGGAGGAAAAGCUAAAAGCCAUGGAGAAGGAAAUAAAGGAACUCAGGAGAGAGAACGCAGAACUCCAAGCUCUCAAAGUCAGGGUCUCUACAAUGGAGAAAGCUGCAGGUUUUCCCAUCUUCAAGACAGUUGGGCAGAAGUACUACGUGUCAAACGGGAUGAAGGCGAAAUUCGAUCAUGCUCUGAAGUUCUGCACUGACACUGGAGGCAGUUUGGCUUUACCGAGAAGUGAAGCUGAAAAUGUAGCUUUGUCUGUAAUGCAUGCAACUUUGGAUUCAACCUACAUACUACUCGGGACAACAGACAGAGAGACAGAGGGUCAGUUUGUAGAUCUGAACAAGAAACCUCUGACCUUCACCAGCUGGAUGCCAAAUGAGCCCAACAAUCAUCACGGGAAUGAGGACUGUGUUGGUAUUCACACUAAUGCCAAGUGGAAUGACCUACCCUGUGAUUUAGACUACCAUUUUGUAUGUGAAUUAACAAUUUAGCACCUAGGAUUGAUUCCGAAUUAGUCGCAUUAUGUUAUGCAGAUAAUUGCAAUGUCUAAUUUGCUCAGUGCUGUUCUGAAAGAUUGUUGUUGGCUAAAACGAAGUGUCACUGCAUAUUAAAUACUUUCAGUAAUUCGUCAACAUUAACAUUAUUUUCAUCAUGUGAAUGUAGAACCUGAAAUCAUUUGAUAUUAUUGGAGUGAAAUUAUAUAUAUAUAAUGAGUGUGCAUAUUACGUAUGAUAUAUACAGUUAAAGAGUGAACGUCAUAUAUAUUUUCGUGACCAAAGUUCCCGACGAUGUGAAAGAACGUUACUAAUUAAUUAAAGUCAAAUCAGAGUUUUA